CGCCCCUCCCCUCGCUCCCCGCCGCGGCUCAUGAAUAUUAACGAAGUCCCGCCCAAUCGGGUGGUGCGGCGGUGGCAGCGCUUUGGUGGCGUAAUCGCCCCGCCUUGCGGCGGGAUUAAUCUGCAUAUUCAUGAGAUGGGCGGCGCGGAGCGCGGGCGUUUAUAAGGCGCCGCCCCGCCAGGCUCGCCGUACAUUGCGCUGAGGCUUUGAAGUGCUGUGUGGAUCUCGCACCGCCCGGGCACCGGUCAGGAUGGCAUCAGACGAGGGAAAGCUCUUUGUCGGCGGGCUCAGUUUCGACACCAACGAGCAGUCGUUGGAGCAAGUCUUCUCUAAAUACGGACAGAUUUCGGAAGUCGUGGUGGUUAAAGACAGAGAAACUCAGAGAUCCAGAGGUUUUGGGUUUGUUACUUUUGAAAACAUCGAUGAUGCAAAGGACGCAAUGAUGGCCAUGAACGGAAAGUCCGUAGAUGGGCGUCAGAUCCGAGUGGACCAGGCUGGGAAAUCCUCCGAGAACAGAUCCCGUGGCUACAGAGGGGGGUCCUCGGGGGGCCGGGGCUUCUUCCGCGGGGGCCGAGGCCGGGGCCGCGGCUUCUCCAGAGGAGGUGGAGAGAGAGGCUAUGGCGGCAGCAGAUUUGAUUCCAGAAGCGGAGGCUAUAACGGCUCCAGAGACUACUAUAAUAGCAGGAGUCAAGGUGGCUAUGGAGACAGGAACUCGGGAGGCUCCUACAGAGACAGCUACGACAGUUACGGUAAGUGCCGCUCCGAGCGGGAGCGCUGAGUCCGUGUGCUGUAGGAGCUCUGAACCUGCUGAGCCUGAGCCUGGAGUGGGGCAGGCUCAGGCUGUGGACGUGGUGGUGCCGGGAGAUUCUAAUUUAAUGCAUGUGCAGGAGUUGCUCGGAUCUAAGGCAAAGCAAGUGUUAAAAAAGGUUGUUCUGGAGCCCAAACUCGGCUGCCCUUACGCUCUGACCCGCGGGUGGGGGAUCUCACAGUAGCCAAGUAGCAGUAGCCUCGGAAUAAUGCAAGGGAGUAAAAUGCUGGAACUUGUCUUUGCUUCAGUGCCUUUACAAUUGUGCCUGCUUCUUGUCCUCAGCUACACACAACGAGUAAAAAUCCUUCCUGACUCAAGAUCGUCCUUCCAAUGGCUGUAUUUAUAAAGAUUUUUGGAGCUUCGCUGAAAUGGUUAUUGUGUAGUACAUCUACUUGUAUUUUCACUUUUGUAGUAUUAUCAGUUCUGAUCUUGUCAAACACAGCCUGGCAGCUUCUGAAAUGAGAUGGUCUGAUUAGACUGUCUUGGAGAAAGCUCUGCUUUCAAGUGGUUUUAAUCUUUUUUGAAA